AUGAAGUCGAACUUGGGUCGAAAACCUUCGUCUAAUGCACUGCUAGGGGACAAGCGUUCGCCUCCGGUGACUGCCAAGCUGCGACGCAAGUCAAACGCUGGUAACCACACAGACAACGCUGCAGCUUACAGCAACUUUGACUAUGACCACGGCCGCCAAGUGCCGCCAUCUCAGCCGCAGAUCCUUCCAGUGGGGGGCGCGGACUUGCUGCUUCAACUUCAACAACUCCAACAACAGCAGAGCCUCGCAGCGUUUUGCUAUCCUACGCCUGGUCCAGCAAUCCCUCACACUCUACCGCUCGGCCCCAGCGCCUACCCAUCGGCAGCGUACAUGCCUCCAUCACAGCAAUUUAUCAGUGCGCCGGGCAGUUCCAGCGCAAGUCGCGAGUCAUGGGGAGCCCCACCAACUGAGAAGAGCGGACAAGUCUUGGAGCAGCUUGGCUCAGUGCUGCAGCAAAUGAAGCAGGAGUCCGAGGGAUCCGCCGCUGCGUGGCGAGAGAAACUCGCGGAGACGGCACAAUUGACUGAUCAACUAGCGCAGACUCGAGAGCAGCUGAAUGCUGCCACGAACAAUGAACGCGCGGUUAGUGAGGAGCUCGCUCGUGUCCAGCAAGCUUUUAAGGCGCUAGAAGCGGAGGCGGCGCAGAGUGCAACACGCCACCGCGAGGAGCUUUCAGUGAUGAACGACGAAGUGCAGCGGCAGCAACAAUGCGCUGAUGAGAUGCGCGAGAAGUAUGAAGCCACACUCAACGAAGUCCGCUCUGAGCUGCAGAAUACUACCGCUCGCUUCGAGGAGCAACUGCAAGCACAGAGCGAUGAACAUCGCGCAGAGCUGGACCAGUUUCAACGGGCUCAUGAAGCGAAGAUCCAGGAACUUGAGGCUCAGCAUGGCACAGAACGCACCAAAUUACUCGAGAAAUCGCGCGAGUUGGAGCAGGCAAAGCAAGAGCUCGGUCAGCACCUUUGGAACGCUACGAAAGAGUUAGAGACUACGGCUCAGCUUCGAGAGCAGCAGCUUCGGUCACAAGCUCAGGAGGCUCAGCAAGAGCUCGCACAACUGCAAGCCGCCGCUGUUGCACGAGAACGCGAGCUACAAAUGAAGGCGGAAGCUCAACGCAAAGAGCUGCUGGAAGAGCUGAACAAACAGUUGGAAGCUGCUCGAGCGACGGCCAACGAAGAGCGCUCUCAAAAGGAAGAGCUCAACGCGUUGAUGAUCGCUGAGGUGUCGAGAUUCCAAGCUCAAUUAGAGCAAAUGGCGCAACAACACGCAACAGCACUCGCCGAACGUGAAAAGCUAGCAGAGGAGGAGCGUGUGCAGGCGUUGGAGCUACGAGAAAAGGCUGCGCGAGUUGUACGCGAAGCUCAAGAAGAACUACGUGAGCUGCGUACCGAGCUGCAAACCACUAAAGCGGAGAAGGCUCGGUUAGAAGCUCAGGGGUCUGCAGAGAAUGGCACGCUGCAAGAGCUGAAUGAGCAACUACGAGAGACUGCAGGUCAGCUGGAAGACUCGCACGCCCAGCUCCAGCACCUCUCAAGCCGCUGCAAGACGGCCGAAAAGCUCACGCGACAGUGUCUCGACCUAAUCACUCAAACGCCGAUGGGGAACAGUACGAGCUCCGAAGAGGAUGAGGAGGAUGAAGACAAUUCUGACAGUGAGGAAGACCCGCUAGCUCAACUGCCGUCAGUGCUUCGCACGCUCAAGCAUCUUACAAAGGUGUCGGGUGCGUUGGAGCCUCUGCAACUGAAGGUCCUCCGCUUACAACAAGAGAGGGAUAGUGAUCGUGAAAAGCACCGAGCACGAGAGCAAGAACUGCAGACACAAGUGCAGAACUCUCUUCAAGAGCUGGAGACUGCACGUCAAGACGCCAAGACGUUAGCUGAGGAACUGGCCCAACUUUCUCAAGCUGCAGGGGGUCAAGAAGCUCAAUUAACGCGCUCGAACGAACAGCUCCGUCAGCAGAUUCAGGAGCUCGAGCAUCUUCGUUCUGCCGGUGCGUCGCAGCUUUUGCAGCUCCAGAAAGCGCUGGACGCCCAGCGCGCGCGCAGCACAGCGCUUGAGACUGAGAAGCGCGAUCUACUCGCUGAAGCGGAGCAACUCAACGCCAGUCUGGAAACUCAGUACCGCGCAGUGAAUGACAAGCAACUGGAGCUGGAGCAGCUUCGCGGAUCUUACCGGGAGCUUCAGCUUACGCAUGGAGAUCUACAGGAAACUCACGCCGACUUGGAGGAGAGUUCGAGGCGAACGAAUGAACACCUCGCGACUCAACUCCAGAGCGCGCAACAAGAAGUGCAGACAAAGUUGCGUGAAGCUGAAGAACUUCGCAGUGAGCUGGAGCAAGUCACUCAAGCUUUGAGUGAGGAGAGAGACGCACUCGUACGCGCGCGAGACGCUGAGCAAGCCCAGCGUUCACAUAGUGAGCAGGAGUUAUCGCGCGCAUUGGAGGAGAAGACCCAUCGACUCGAAGAGAUGCUCGCCAUGCUCACUCAGCUGCAGAACAAGUCGGAGCAUCUAGAGCAGGCUCGAGCUCAAGACGUUGAGGUUGCGCGCCAGCAGCGUGAUACGCUCUCGCAUCAACUGGCAGAGGCUCAACAAGCCCAAGCUCGAGCUGAAAACGCCUUGAGUGCAGCUGUACAAGCCCAGCAAGACAUACAAACACAAGCUCGCUUCGAGGUGGAGCAGCUUCGAGCUACGUUGACGCCUCAGUUCGCUGAGCUCGAGACUCAGAAGGAAGCGCAAGCUGCAGAGUUGCGUAGGUUAGAAGCUGAGCUUGAGCGCGCAACACGAAGCAAGCAAUCGCUGCAGAUGGAGCUCCAGCGAGCUGCUGAUGACACUCAAGACGCACUACGCGCAGUCGAAGUUGCACGUCGGGACGCUCGAGCUCAAACCCAGCAACUCGGUGAAGAGCACGAGAGACUUCGACAGGAGCUCGAAGCUGCUCGAGCUGAGAGCCAAGAAAACGCGGCUCUGUCGGAAGAACUGCAGAGCAAGAUCACGACGAUCCAAAGCGCUGCAAACGCUACCAUCGACGACCUCGUAUCGGAGCUACAAGGCGCGCAGGAUGCUCUCGAGCUCGAACGUGCUCGAGCCAAGAAGGAGAAAGAUGGAGGUGGAACGCGCUCCCAACUGCGUGAGCUUGAGGAACAACUGCGGUCUCGAGAAGCUCAGCUCCGUGAAGCUCGCGACGAAGCUUCAUGCACCCAGGAGCAGCUCGAAGAGCGCUUAAGCGAGCUUGAGCUGAGGUUGCAACGCACAGCGAACACCCUCGAGAGCAAGAAGCAGGAGUGCGACGCCAAAGCGCGUGAGAUGGAGCAACUGUCACGACGAGCUAGUGAGGCCGAGCGCAAGUUGGCACCACUCACUGCAGCUCGCGAUGCUCUUCAAGCCAAAGCAAACGAGCUGAAGCAGGCGCUUGACGCGAAGGUUCGCGAGGCUCAGGACAGUGAAGAACGAGCUCGAGACGAAGUUCUCCGAAUUGCGCGUGAACGGCGCGCGUUAGAUACUCAAUUGGUCGAGCUUCGUGACGAAAGUGAGGCUUCACGGCAGCAGGUAGCGCGUGCUCAACGUGAAGUGCAGACGAUGAAGCAGGCACUAGAGCGCGCAAAAGGAGAGCUCAAUCGAUCGAGUACGGAGCUCAGAGCAACCACGCAGCGUCUGGAGAGUGUUCAACAAGCCGCGAACCAAACGAUAGCCGACGCCACCGCUCGAAUGCAGGCAGCACAGCAGCAAGGCGAGAGGAAUGCAGCGCGACUGCAACAGGAGCUCGAUCUGGAGCGAGAACGUCGUCGUGAGGUAGAAGUUCACCGAGCUGAGCUGCAGCGCGCACUGCGACAACAGCACAUCCAGUCACCAGCAGUGUCCACAGGCUCCAGAAGCGAAGACAACCAAGCACGACUAAGUUCCUCGGACAGCUUCAACUCGAGUCCAGAGCUAGCGGAUCGACCAGUCUCGAGUCAGUCGCCGGCGGGUACAGCGGAGUACCGCAAGUUCUACGCGAACGAGCCGCUCACGUCGGCCGAGCUCUCGAACUUGCCCAUGGCGGUCAUCAAAGCUCAGCUCGGACUCGAGUUCAGCCAGAACAACAACACAUCCGCCGCCACUUCCAAGUCCAGCAAGAGCUCGAGCAAGGCGAAGAUUCAGCAUCAGCAUAAGGAGCGAUACGCAGCGAGCAAAGACAACCACGCAGACGAAGAUGACGACGCAAUCCCGCUCUUGCCGCUGGAGAAGCUCCCAUAUACCCCAGAGGCUGAUGGUCGGGACAGUUCUCCCAGCAGCCCGAUGGAUGUGGCACCAAGCGGCGGUCGUUCGAGUUCAUUGAGCUCUCGAAGUACGCCAUGGUCGGCUCGGUCGGGUAGCACCAGCCAUCUCUCCUUCUCCAGGAACAACGCCGCCUCGCCUGCUACCAGUGCAAACAGCAGUCCGUCGACGCGCAAGAACUCCAUGCCAAGCGCUGGCGCCAAGAAGAAGAAGUCAAAGCAGUCGCGUCCUGUUGUGCUUCCAUCGGCGUCCGGAGCGCCCUACGGCGCCGCGUCCUCCAGUCUGUCACCUACAAAACACCAGAAGCCCAAAGCGCGCAGCAAAUUGUUGCCCCGCAUCAGUCUGCAGUGA